AUGGCAUGGUACUCACUUCUUCCGUCCGACUUUCUCUAUAUUGAAAAUUGGCUUGUGCGAGUCUUUAUAUUCCUCGGCUUUGUCACUAUACUCCCAUGGGCUACAUUACUGGUCUUCGACAUCUGUCUGUACAUUUGGCGGAUGGUGAAAUAUGAAUUCCCCCUCAUCGGCGGACGAGCGCGGGGUAAGCAGCGACCGCGAGCCCCGAGCUUGAACGAGAGGCCGGAUGGGCAGCCUAGGGUCCUGGGGCUG